GUAAAAGAUACGUAGAGGUGAUUUAACGUCAUGAUCACUUUUAUACUUAUUCUAGUGAUUCUUCUAAUUAUCGAUGCGUUAUUCAUGAAUAGUAAACUGAAAAUUUUCACUAAUUUGGAUUUUAAUCAGCUUGUGUCAACGAAAAAAAAGAAUCAAAAUAUGGCAGAUCAGGAUACGUUAUGUAAAAGGGACAAAUUUAAUGGGAGAAGACUAGAAGAGAGUGGGACUUGCAUAAAACCGAUUACUAAACGUUCUGAAUCUGGUUGUAAUUGGGAGACAUAUAAGGAUGUAGUAUAUAAGGAAGAAUCAAGUUAUGACAAAAAGAAAAAUAACCCAGCAAAGAAAUUUUCAAAUAGAUGUCAAAAAUCCAAAAAAUCAAAUAAUGUUCCACUGCUUGAAACGGGCAAUACAAUGAAUCAGGAUAAGAAUCAUACUAUGGAUGAGAAUAAGAAAAAAAUAACGAAAUUGGUCGCUAUGGAUUGCGAAAUGGUUGGAAUUGGUGAUGGGAGUGAAAGUAUGAUUGCCAGGGUAUCUAUCGUAAAUAAAUUUGGUUAUUGCCUUUAUGAUAAAUAUGUUAAGCCGAGAGAAAAAGUGCAAGACUAUAGAACAGCCGUUAGUGGUAUUUAUCCGCAUCAUUUAAAGAAUGGAGAAGAAUUUUUUAUUGUACAAAAAGAAGUAGCAGAUAUAUUAAGAGGACGAAUUCUUGUUGGUCAUGCUUUAAAGAAUGAUUUGGCUGUACUAUUCUUAUCGCAUCCGUGGAAAAAUUUAAGGGACACAUCUAGAUAUAAACCUUUUAAGCAAAUUACAAAAGCAAAUACUCCUAGUUUAAAAAGAUUAGCAUUGGAAUUGCUAGGAAUAGAAAUACAAGUAGGUGAACACAAUUCAGUUGAAGAUGCAAGAGUGGCUAUGCAAUUGUAUAUGCAAUAUAAAGCUAAAUGGGAAUCCGAAAUCUACUCAAAAAGAUAAAAUACCUACUUACCGCUUUAUACAAAGAUGAUCAUUAUCCUCCAUUCGAUAGUACGUUUAAUAUACAUAAUUCAAAAUGUGCAUUUAUUUUUAUCAAGAAAUAAUAACACAGAUUCAUAAUGAUACGUAAAAAUGGUUCGGAAUAUGCGAUAUCGUGUGUGGUUUCUAUAUAUUUUUUUAUCGUAGAACACAAUUUCAAUCUAUGGUUAAGACCAUCCAGCCUUACUUUAUUGUCAAAGUAAAAAAGAUUUAUUUGUGAAUAAAAUAAUACGAAAUUA